GUUAAAAGGUCAAUACAUCAGCACCUAUAUAUAAGAUAGGCCAACAAAUUGUUGCUGCUAUCUAGUCUGACACAUCUUCCGCUGAGGAGAAACUAUCUGACAGUCAAUAUGAACAAGCUGCUAGCUAUCACAGUACUCGUUGCUUUCCUCGCUCUGGGAGCCGAAAGCUUCCGUGUGCUCAGACAGGCUGAGGAGGAGAAAGGGACGGUUGCCACUGUGAUUGACACACUGAAGGGUUACUAUGACAAGAGUAUUGACACCGCUAGCAGUUAUGUAGACACCAUCAAGGCUUAUAAACUGGAAGAAAAAGCCAAGAACCUUUAUGAGGAGACCGUUAGUGCUGUCUCCACAUACUCAGGCAUCUUCGGUGACCAAGUGUACCACCUUUUCUAUUCAGACAGUCAUUAGGUCUGAGCUCAUAUACCUCACUUGAACUUUCCCCACUUUCUGAUUCUGAGUUAACCACAACGUUGGAACCACAAUUUCAUUCAGCAUGAAGACAGAAAGGUCUACAGUGAAGACAUAACUGUUAUAUUACAAAGGUGCUCUUUCGAUAGCAAAAUACUGCAAAAAUAAAUUUUGCAUAGGGAUUGUAGAUUCUACUGCUGCUUACUGUUGUCUAUCUGAUGCCUUUAUGGGCAUCAGGGUUAAACCAUUGACUGUUUCAUUGUAGAUUACAGAAAUGUAUGUAUUAUAUCAACUUUUACUAGUUGUGUGUCCAUGCUUAUUAACACAUUGAAAUAAAACUCCACAUUUGUAGAUAAUAAAAGAAGUGUCUCUAA